ACGUUCGCUUCGAAGGUGUCCGCUGUACAAGAUAAAUAUGCUGACAAUUCCAUUGGUAAUGUGACGGGUUCAAAUGCUGUGAACGUAUUCCUUGGAAUUGGUAUCGCAUGGUCAAUGGCGGCCAUUUAUCAUUUCUUCAAUGGAACCAAGUCAGUUCCUGUGUUCGAUCUGGAAAUUCAUCGGAUUUCCGUUCUAUGGUGGUUUUGUUUGGAAGCCUGCGCCUGUAUCACUGUCAUUGUGCUGAGGAGAGGAAAACUUGUUGGCGGAGAGUUAGGAGGUCCUUUGAAAUUCAGGAUCAUGACUUCGGCAUUCUUCAUCUGCCUGUGGCUCUUGUACCUGACCUUAUCAGCACUCGAAGCCUAUUGUAUAAUUAGCGGUUUCUAA